AUGGCCGAAUACAAGUACGACGAGGAGGGAGGUCAGUUCCUCACCUUUGUCCUCACCUUUCUUCUCCUCGUUCUCGUACCCCUCACCUACUCUCUCCUCGCACCGUCGCGCACCCGUUCAUCCAAAAAGGGUUCGUGGGACGCUCGUGGACAAAAGAUUGAUCUGAUUCGUUCAGCAAGGAAGCGCUCGUUGCUCAACCCACAGAUCAGCCCCAAGGCCGUCUUUGUGCUUGCUGGCUGGGGCAUCGUCGCCUACCUCUUCCAGACCAUCCUCAACACCGCGUCCAAUUCGUCUCAUACCGUCUACGACCCUUUCCAGAUCCUCGGCCUCGCUGCUUCAGCCACCGAGAAGGAGAUCAAGAAGCACUAUAAGCGUCUUUCCGUCAAGUUCCACCCAGACAAGCUCGUCCUUGGCGAGGGACAGACGAAAGAAGAGGCCGAGGGCCACUACAUCGAGCUCACCAAGGCGUACAAGGCUCUCACCGAUGAGACGAUUCGCAAGAACUUUGAGCUAUACGGCCACCCAGAUGGCAAGCAGGAAAUGUCGAUGGGUAUCGCGCUGCCUCGCUGGGUGAUCGAGAGCCAGAACAACAUCUAUGUGCUGGGCAUGUACGCCGUUGUCCUCGGUGUGGGCUUGCCCUUCCUCGUCGCUCGGUGGUGGUACGGUUCUCGCUCCAAGACCAAGGACGGCAUCGUCAACCCGACCGCACAGACCUACUUCCAGCAUCUGCGCGACGACACCAACGCCUCGCGCAUCUUUGCGCUCCUUGCCAUCUCGGACGAAUUCAGUGAUCCCAAACUCGACAAGCUCGGCCCUAAGUACCGCGACGAUGCGACGCUCGCCAAACUCGAAACACAGAUCCGAAAGAAGCUCAACGAAUUUGGACCCGAGUGGCAUCUCAUCGACUCGUUCAAGAACGCCUCGAUUCGCAAAGCGCUGCUGAUGCUGUAUGCCCACACGCUGCGCAUCGACAGCGGCAACAAGCGCAUCGAGCAGGACAAGCUGCGUUACGCCGCCAAGGCGGUGCAGCUCAUCAACGGCUUGAUGUCCAUUAGCUUGGCGCACAACUGGCUCGAGACCACGCUGCUCCUCAUGCAGUUCACCCAGUGCAUGGUCCAGGCUGUACCGGUGCAAGACUUGUCGACAGCCGAACUGCUCCAGUUGCCCCACAUGACGCCAGAGCUGGUCAAGAAGUUGCAGGAAUCCAACAGCUUGGCCAAGCUGGGUGUACAGGGGUUCUGGAAGAUCCCUGACGCUGAACGGAAAGCGGUGCUGACUGGGGCUGGCGUGGGUGCUAAGGAGUACGAGCAGAUGGUCAGUGUGACGAGCACGUGGCCGCGGGUGGAGCUGGUCGAUGCCUUUUUCAAGGUUUCCGGCGAGCGGCUGGUGACGACGGGUGCGAUUGUGCAGUUUGUCGUCAAGCUCAGACUGCUGCCCCCCAAGAAGGACGGUUCUCUGCUCCGGGAUGGAAGGAGGCUGGAUGCCAAGAGGAUGGAUGAGGAAAGCAGUGUGCGACCGGACGAGGACGAGGCUUCUACGGACAACAGCAAGAGGGGCAAAUCGCCCAGCACGGAUGACAAGGACGACGGCAAGCAGCCGAUCGGAUUCGCCCGCGCGCCGUACUUCUGGGACGAACGCAAGCCGUCCUGGUGGGUCAUGAUCGGCGACCAGAAGCUCGACCGCGUCAUUGUCCAGCCCACCAAGGUCUCGGAUAUCGGCGCCGACCAGGUGCGCACCUACUCGGUGCAGUUCCAGGCACCGCCCCAGGCAGGACUGUACACAUUCCAGGCCAUCCUCAAGUCGGACAGCUUCCUCGGCUCGGAUGCCUCGCGCAUGGUCAAGCUGAAGGUCGAGGAUGCCAGCGUGUUGGAGGCCGACGAUCUGGAGGACGAGAUCAGCGAGCCCGAGGAGGACAGCUUGGCCGGUCAGAUGGCCUUGAUGAAGGGGCAGAAGGUUAAGCCUAGCAGAGACGCCGAGGGUGAGGUGAGCGACGACGAGAGCGGUACCGAUGACGACGUGGAACAGGACGACGAUGAGUCGGAUAGCGACAGCGACAGCGAUUCUGAUUAA